AUGUAUCAGAUUCCAUGGAAUACUUUAGAAUCAUUUUCAAUAUCCAAUAAAACAGCCUAUCAUAUAGUAGGGAAGUGUAUGAGGAGCCUGGAAAAGAUAGACUCAACCAAUAGUAUGAAUAUAGAUAAUACUUAUGGAAGCUCAAAAGUUAGUCAAGAUAUAAUGAAACUUGCUUCUGAACAACUAAAGGCUAUUAGAAAAGGAUUUAAGUACUUAGAAAGUCAUGAGAAUACAUGCUUUGAAUUGCUGAGAGUAUCAGGGUCUGUUCAAUUACUACCUAGCUCCUUGUCAAACAUUGAAUCCUCAGUAAGCCAAUAUCUGAGCUGUUUUCUUUUUCAUUAUAUAGCUGAAUUUUAUGGAGUUUGGUUAUCUUUUCAUAAACUUGAAAUAAAAAGUAAAAUGGGCUACAUCCCAGAGAAUGAGCCUAGUGGAUCUUUUUUGUUGAAUAUUGUAUUCAAAGCUUUGGUAUUCAAACCAAAGGUGGGUGAAAUUCUAGUUUGCAAAGUUUCCUACAUCUCACCAUCCUAUAUUUCAGGAAUAGCUUAUGGUUUUUUUAGUAUAACUAUUCCUUUGAAGUAUAUUAAAAAUGAAAACUUCGACUAUCAUCCAGCUGACAUGAUUACUUAUGAAACGAAUUCUUUGAUAAACAGAAAUGAUAGGACCAAGGUCAUAAGAACUGACUCUUUGGUCCUGGUAAAGAUCAAAAGUCUAAACUUCUCACAUAAUGGGGACUUCAUAACUUCCAUAAUAGGCCAAUUUGAAUAUAUUGUGAAGAAUGACCGUUAA